AUGCGGGGAGGGACAGAAGAUUCGGUGCAGGAGGAAAGCAGGGGAAACGGGGGGGAAGCAGAGACGGAAGUUUCCCUCCCGGAAGGUCUCGUGCUGCGUGACCUAAACGAGGGUGACUAUAACAAAGGGUACAUGGAGCUCCUUUCGCAACUAACAACUAUCGGAACAGUAACGGAGGAGCAGUUUAAAGACCGGUUCGCCAUCGUGUCGCAACGCUCCGCGGAUUAUCGUAUCGUGGUGCUUGAAGACACAGUGAGCAACAGAGUGGUGGCCACGGGCACACUGCUAACAGAGUUCAAGUUCCUUCGUUCAUGUGGCAAGGUGGGGCACAUAGAGGACAUAGUGGUGCACAGCAGCAUGCGGGGGAAGCACCUUGGGCACAGGUGGGGCACAUAG